AUGAAGGGGCUUAUUAUUAGACUUAUUUUGACAGUAUCAAUACCAAUCAUAAUAGGUGUAGCAAUAUCUAUGAUAAUAUUCUACAAAAAUCUUAUGAACGCUCUUUUAUCAUGGGAAUCGGAUAGUCUCUAAUGGAUUAAGUAAUAGUAUUAAUAAACGCUUUAUAACUAACUACUCUCUCAGUUAAUCAUAGAAGAAUACAGUUUUAAUUAAAUUCAGCUUUAGUUAAUUGUGUUGAAUAAAUUGAUUGAUAAAUACAAUGAUAAAAAAAUAUUAGUCAAUUCAAAAACUCAGUUUACAAUUUGUUCAUACAGAGAAUUAGUUUUCAAUUAAUGUUCUCCUGAUGUUUAUGUGAAGUUCCAAUAAAGCCCUUAUUUUGUAGAUGUAUAUUUUGUGAGAUCAAUCUUCAAAUUUGAUCUUCUUUCUAAGCAGUAGCAAGAUUUUAUCUUAAUGAAUAAUCUUCUGUCUUUUUACUCUAGGAGUGUAGCUUAUCAAUCUUAGCAAUAGGGAAUAUUAAAAAUAAUUAUGUUUUUCAACUCAGAUGCCACGUCUAUAUAUACAAGACAUCCAUCAGAGUAUACAAAUGUUACAAAUACACCUUACUUACAUUGUUAUGGUGAUGGGUUUUUAGAACCAUAUGAUCCAAGAUGUAGACCAUGGUAUAUUUAUGCAAAGGAACACGAAGGUUAUUUCUUUUAUGAACCUUAUAAAGGCUAAAUCCUAUAGAGUUUAUAGAUGACUUUAUCUAGUUAGGUGAAGAUUGGUUAGAAUUUUUAAUCCAUAAAUAGCAUAUCAUUUGAUAUGAGUAAUCUUAUUUAGAUUUUUUUCAGCUCAAAAAAUUAAUAUGCUGUUUUAUUUCAUGAAUUCAAUAAUACUAUUUUUUAUCACCCUUAGUUUGAUGGCAUCAGCGUUAUAUCAUGGUAAGAAUUAGAAUUCAAAAAUAUAUCGUAAAACUGUAUAACAUAAAUUGAUUUAGAAAAGUGUAAUUAAGAAAAAGAAUAAUUAAACUAUUAACUGCAAUAGACAAUACAGUUUAUCAAAACUGGGGAUUAUUCCAUCAAUUAAUAAAAAAAUUUAGAUUAGCUAUAUUAAUAUUGGUCAAAAUUUGGAGUCAAAAAAAUUAGCUUGGUCUUUCCAUUAGUGAGUAAAAUUUCUAAGUAUAAAACUCAGUAGCCUUACUCUUUCUCUAUUAUAUUGACAGCUAUGGUUAUUGACGAUUAAAGCGAAAGAUUGUAAUUAUUUAACAUCAUUAACAUUAAUUGGAUUAAAGUACCUCUAAUAAUAGAAUUCAUUAUAAUUAGCUUGAUGAUAAUUAUUUUUUUACUAAACUAUGGCAAAUUUUAAAUUAUUUAAAUUUAAAAUCCUAUAAAUAUUUUAAUUAAAUUCUUAAAAAUAAAUCUAAUUUUGCAAUCUUAAACAUAAUAUACAAAUAAGUUAGAUAAAUAAAACUUUUUGUCUUAAAACUCAAGCAAAUACAAAAAAUCACCUUAAAAUACAAAUUAUAAAGUAAAAUACAAUGAAAUUACAAAUAGUUUAUUUUCUCCCUUCAAUUAAGUUUAUUUAAAGGAAACAUUGAAAAACAAUGUAAAGGUUAAUGAAAAUCACUUAAUAAACAAAGAAAAAACUUCUAGAGAAAAUACAUGGAAUUAAUCUUAUUUAGAUAAGGUUGAUACAAAUAAUGGAAAUCAAGUCGCUUUUGGCUAAAAAUAUAACAACAAAACUAUUUAAAAUGAUGACAAAUAUUAUUAGAACAGAAAUAAUAAAAGCGAAGUAUUUAACACAUAAGAAUAAAAGUAAGAAUAAGAAUAAGAAUAAAAAAGUAAAAUACUAGAUGGGUUAGAGCCAUUGUUCUUAGAAAUGGCAAUCAUCAAAGAAACUUUUUAGAAUUUAGAAAGCAUGAUAAAUUAUUAGAUUGAUGCUUAAAGUUAGAGCUCUGAAGAUAUCAUGAACGGUUUGUUCCAUUUUGCUAAAGCUAAAGGUACAUUUCAAAAGUUAUAGAAUUAAAAUGGUGUUAUCCAUUGUUAUUAUAAUCUUGGUGUCGUUUACUUAAUUAAAAAUGAUUUUUAAUUAGCUUCAGAAUAUUUUUUAUCAUCAAUUUAACUAAACAGUAUGCUUCUUGACAUUGAUCAUUAAUAAAUAUAAUUAUAAAAAUAUGCAUUUGCCUAGUAUAAAUAAGAUGACGAUCAGCUAGCCUUAUUAAUAAAAAAAAUUUUAUGCUUUGCAUAUAGCCUGAAACAACUUGCUAUAGAAUAAAUAUAUGAUUAAAUUAAAUCUAAUUUAUCUAAGUCAUCAAACAGCUUUUACUAUGAACUCAAAUAUCACCAAUAAAAAAGCUUAGAUUAAUAAAUAUUGUAAAAUAUUUUAAAAAAAUCAAUUGAUAACUUCAGAAUUUUAGAAAAUUUUAUUAAAAUUUAUAAUUAAAAUGUUUCAAAAUUAUUCUAACUAUUUGUUUAUUUAGAAAUAAUAGAAAUAUUAAUUCAUUUAGAUCUCAUGAAAUAAAUAAAACAAAUUUAGUUUUACAUUGAUAAAACAAUAAUUUUAAUCUAAAAAUAAGAGCCUUAAUAUAUGAAUUCCAAACUUUUAUUAGAAAAUUCAAAUGGAAAAAAAAUAAAUGAGUUUGAGAGCUUUUAACUUGAGUAAGACAUCCCUUUUAGUUUUUCAAGUAAAAAUGAAAACCUUACAUAAGAAAUCAGGUUUAUGAUUUUUGAAAUUUUUAAAGCUAAGUUAAUGUUUUUAUAAGGAAAAUUGGAGUUCUAUUAAGAGAAUUACUGUCUAGCUAUAGAAUACUUUACACAGAGUAUAGAAGAAGGAUAAUAUUUCAGUCAUGUUUAAAGAUAAAAUUCUAUCCUUUAUCUUUCUCUAAUAUUUUAAAAGUUAUCAAUAAAAUAAGAUUUUAUUGAUGAGUUUAUUUUGAACUCCUCUGUACAAAUCGAACUUACUUUACUUAUUUAGAUGGAUUUCUUUAGUUAAAAUACAAAUCUUAGCUAAUUUUUUGAAAAUAUUUAAUAAUCAAAAUUAUUAAGAAAAAAAGAUGGAAUUUAAAUAAUAAUUUUUAACAAAAAGCUGUAAACUGUUAUUCCACUUACUCUGAUAGAAAGCUUUCACCACCUUAAAUUAAUCAUUGAAAGUUUCAAAAACAGAGCAAAAUAAACAAUUCAAAGUCCUAAGAAAAUUGUUUAAAAAUUAAAUUGGUAGCAAGCUUUAAUAUAAUGUAUUGGUAAUAUAACUAAUUUAAAUCUUCUCUAAAUUAACAAACUCAAAUAGGAUAUAAAAGAAUGGAAAAAUAGUAAUAAUGAUUUAUAAAAAAAAUCUAAUUAUGAAAUAUUAAAACAUAAUAUGAAAAUGUUGGAAAAUAAAAAAUAAGUAAUUAUUUUAUUUUCUUAUUCAUAAGAUAUUAAAAACAACAUCAUAGCAAAAUAAUUCUUUGAUAAAAAAAUUCAAUUCCAUUCCUAAAAAAUCAUAAUUUAUCACAUGAUAGAUUAAUUUAUUCUAUAUAGUGAUCAAUAAUAUCAAUAUGUAUCAGAGUCCUUCUAAUACCAGCCAGUAGUACUUGAUAAAGAUCUUAUCUAAAAACUAGGUUAACUUAGAACAGAUUAACUAAAUACUUCUAAAUAAUUUAUAACCAUCCUAAAUAACGCUUUAUGA